GCGGGGCGGCGGCGGCCGUUGCGCCUGCGCGGCGUGGCGGGUGCGGCCGGUCAUGGCCGCCUCCGUGUUCUGCUGCUUCUCCUGGUGCCGGGAUGGCGGCGCCGGUCACAUCCCGCUCAAGGAGAUGCCGGCGGUGCACCUGGACACGCAGCGCAUGGGAACAGAUGUUGUCAUUGUUAAAAAUGGCAGAAGAAUAUGUGGCACAGGAGGCUGCUUAGCCAAUGCACCUUUGCAUCAGAACAAGAGCUAUUUCGAGUUUAAAAUCCAGUCCACAGGGAUUUGGGGUAUUGGAGUUGCAACCCAGAAAGCAAACUUGAAUCAAAUUCCACUUGGUCGGGAUGUCCACAGCCUGGUGAUGAGAAAUGAUGGAGCUCUCUACUAUAACAAUGAGGAGAAAAAUAGGCUACCAGCAAACAACCUUCCUCAGGAGGGCGAUGUGGUGGGCAUUACAUAUGACCAUGUAGAAUUAAAUGUAUAUUUAAAUGGGAAGAACAUGCAUUGUCCAGCUUCAGGAAUCAGGGGGACUGUCUAUCCAGUGGUCUAUGUUGAUGACAGUGCCAUUCUGGAUUGUCAGUUCAGUGAAUUUUAUCAUACACCUCCACCAGGGUUUGAGAAGAUCCUCUUUGAGCAGCAAAUCUUCUGAAUGUCUUCAUACUGAAAAUUUGCACCCUGCACUGUUACAAAAGCUUUGUCAUCUUAAAGCUCCACUUUACUUUCUGGAAACAUAUCUGUAUUUUUAGUAAAUAUUUGUGACUGUUGUCUGCAGAAUAAAUAUGUUAACUGCAACACCAGGUAAAUGUGUUGCAAAUGUGAGUUUGCUGGCAAUGUUUCGUGAUUGAAAAUGAGUGUUUUGGGGCAGGGUUUUUCUCCGAUUUGUACUUGAUGCAUAAGGAUACUAAGGGAUAUUACUGUCGUCAGUUAUUGCAUUCAGUAUUUUGAAUGAACUGGAGCUCUGUAAGACAAAUAGUUCUUAUGCAUAUGAUAGCUACGGAGAUGUAUAGUUCUCAUGAUUCUUUUUUCCGCCAACUUUUUUCUCACAGAAAUUAUGUAAUUUGUUUAAAGGACACACUGUAUUUCUAGGCUGUGAUCUGGAGUGUCCCAGUUGUGCAUAAUGACUAAUAAUACAAUGGCAUAACUAGCAGCUAGGUACUUUUGUUUUGCAAGGUAUAGAUUAAUCCGUUCCCUCAAUCUUAGACCAGCAAAUACAAUUUACCUAUUUCUCCUAACUUUUAAUUUGCUUUUAUUCUGACAAAAAAAAAAAUUAGAAUAUUUUCUAGUAAUACUUUUUUGUUGAACCUUAAAAAGUAAACCUAAACACUACCUGUGUUUUUGAGGACCACCAUGCUGUGGUUACUCUGGUAGGAGAGUAUAAGUACAGAUCAACUCAACUUGGGUAUGCAAAGAGCCAGGUGAAGGGUAUGAGAUGUUAUGGUGAAGCCUUACAUCUAAACUGUAAAUUAGAUUAUUCUCUUCUGGAAUAGCAUAUUUAAUUUCUUCGUGAAUCAUUUAUAAAUGGCUAAGACAUUGUUCUAAAAUGUGAUGCCCUUGAAUAUACAUUGUGAGAUGCUUUUCUUC